GUACACUGCUGUGUCCCUUCUAGCCUAUACCUCCUCCCAACACGUGCUGGCUCCCUCCUCUUCAACUCUUCAAUUGGUCAGUGCUCCGGUUUUGGCCCCUCCCUCAUCUUCCUAUUAUGGAGCAGCCUGAGACCGGGCUGGGAGCUUCACAAACAGUAGACAAGGAGCAUCAGUAUCAGCAUCAGCAUCAGCAGCAUCCCUGGGUAUCCUCGCACAGCAUGGGGCUCUGCAGCACCCUCACCUGCCUGCUCUUCCUCACACUCCCCUGGCAGCACUCUGCAGAGCAAGUUGUUCUACUGGAUUCCAAAGAAUCACAAGCAGAACUGGGCUGGACUUCACAUCCACCUAAUGGAUGGGAGGAAAUCAGCGGUGUUGAUGAGAACUACAAACCAAUUCGUACAUACCAGGUUUGCAAUGUGAUGGAGCCAAACCAGAACAACUGGCUACAGACAGGCUGGAUUUUAAGACGAAAUGGCCAAAGGAUCUUUAUUGAGCUGAAAUUUACGCUAAGAGAUUGUAAUAGCAUUCCCGGGGUGGCAGGGACAUGCAAGGAGACCUUUAACCUUUACUACAUUGAAUCUGAUUACGACCUAGGAAGAAACAUUAAAGAGAGCAAGUAUGUCAAGAUUGAUACCAUAGCAGCUGAUGAGAGCUUCACACAAGGCGAUCUGGGAGAGCGUAAAAUGAAACUGAAUACAGAGGUCAGGGAGAUUGGGCACCUUAAUAAGAGAGGCUUUCACUUGGGAUUUCAGGAUGUUGGAGCUUGUGUUGCCCUUGUCUCUGUACGUGUCUAUUAUAAAAAGUGCCUGUCCACUGUGCAGAACCUGGCUGUAUUUCCAGACACUGUGGCAGAGGCUGCCUUCUCAACUCUUGUGGAAGUAAGGGGAACUUGUGUGAAUAACUCUGAAGUAGACCUUGAUAAUCCUCCCAGGAUGCACUGCAGUGCAGAGGGUGAAUGGCUGGUCCCUAUUGGAAAAUGUACUUGUAGUGCUGGAUUUGAAGAAAAAGAGGGUAGCUGUACAGGUAAAAAACAGUUUAUGGUCUCUAUAGAUUUGCUGGAAUAAUACCAUAUGUAACAGUUAAAUCUGUAAGAAAAACAAUGCAAGUGAAUGCUAAUGGUUAGUAGGCAAUUUUGCUAGUCAACAUUGUUAUCUUUUUCUGUCUUGUAUGUAUAUCCUGUAACUUGUAUCUCCUAAUAUUUUACUUGUCUUGUAUUAAGGCAAAAGUGAAGCAAUAUACCAGAGCAUUUAUAGCUGCUUUCAAUGGGGUAUGAGAACCUAUUGUAAUUGGACUUUUGUUUAUAAAUGAACAGUUUUGCAGUUUUCAGGGCCAGUCAGGUCAUUACAGUGUUCACAUCCAAAGGUACAGAACAACCCUGUACAAUAUAAAAAACCAAAUACACCAGGGCUCAUUUAUAAACUUCAUGCAGCACAAAAUGAUUUACACAGUGAACAAAUUUGUCCCUCGCAUGGUCGCAUAUUUGUAAAGCUAAGAUUGGUGUGUUUAUUGUGCAAACAUAAUUGCAAAUUUUGUUAAGAGCUUUUUAAAUACAUCAUAAUCCCAAAUUGCGAACAUUUAUGCAUACUCUGAAUUACGCCAUGGCUUUGGUGGUAGAAAAUUUUUUUUUUGCAAAAUGUGAAUUUAAAUUACCAUCAACAUUAUAUUCACACGCAACAACUUUGCACAGAGGCCGUGCUCAUGCAAACACCCAUCUCAUUUGAGAACCAUUUGUGUACAAUACGAAUUCAUACAAACAAAAAGAAAGGACAUAGUAGUGCAAUAUAAAAAAAAAAAAUGUGCUGCUCGAAAUUUAUAAAUGACCACCACUGAAACGAAAGGAAGCCGAUGCCUCGAAUGUAACUUAUCAGAUUGUAAAGACCCCCUCUGUGUCUUGGCCAAGGACAUGAUGUGUAAAGAUUAUACGCAACAUCCAGAAAGCAAAGGUUGGAAGAAGCAAAGCAAUAACAGUAGCUAAACAGCAAAGGCUAAUGCAUAGUUUAAACUGCUUAUGGCACAUACGCAGAGGGAAAUGAAUGCACAUAAAUACAGUAUAUAUAUUUAUCUAUAUAUA